AUGGAACAAAGUGAAGAAAAAAAAAAAAAACAAUUUGAAGAAUGGAAACAUAGCAUUGCUUUUAUAACAAGCAUUGUUACUAUUUUUUCUACAAUUGAAUUAUUAAUUAAGCAAUAUUUAAAGCCAAAUGUUUUAUGUUUUUUAGUAGAGCAGAUGAAAGAAAGUUUAUAUUAUACUUCUACCCAAUCUUUAAUUAAAGAAGUUAAAUCACUUGCUAAUAAUGAAACUACUUUAAAUGAAGAUCUUAAAGAUAAACUUGAUAAUGUCACUUCAUGUACUAAAUAUUUUUUAAAAAAUUUGAACCAAAGUGCAAUUAAUAAGUUACAACUAAUUGCAACUGAUGAAGUAAAAGAAUCUGUAAAUAAAGAGUUCAUUAAUAAAAGGAUUUUAUAUAAAAAGAAUUAUUUAGAACAGGUUUGUGUUAAAGAAAAUGAGUUGGUCACAAUGCAAGAGAUAUUAGCACAAACUUUAGCUAAAGAUAACAUAGUAGAAUUCACAAAUUCUUAUAAGAUGGUUGGCAAGAAAAGACCCAAAAGAACAAAUCAAAGUAAAAAUAUGCCACAAGAAACAAGCAGCAAGAAGAAACAUGAAUAUACUUGCAAAUUUUGCAAAGAACCUGGUCAUAAUAUUGCAACUUGCCUAUAUAGAAUAUAA